AUGGCCUCUUCGUCUUCUUCUCCUAGUUCGACGAUGAAGGAAGGAGAAUACGUAAACUGGUUAGAGCUUCCACCUGAACUGACCUCAUCGAUUCUUAUCCGGCUCGGCGCGAUUGAGAUAGUGGAUAACGCUCAGGAAGUGUGCAGAUCGUGGUAUCGCCUCUGUAAAGACCCUUCGAUGUGGCGCAGAAUUGUCAUACAUAACACCGGAGAAUUCGGAGACCCGUACUACGAGAGAUUGUGCCGGCACACUGUUGAUCGUAGCCAGGGAGGCUUGGUUGAGAUCGAGUUCUCCUACUUCGGUUCUGAUUCCCUCCUCAGUUACAUUGCCGACAGGUCCCAUAAACUGAGAAGCCUUAAAGUUGCAAUGGGCUAUAAAAUAACAAGCGAGGGACUUAUGCACGCAGUUUCGAAGCUUCCGCUGCUCGAAGAACUCGAGGUUUCAUACUGCCCUUUAUCAGGAGAGGCUGAGGCUCUGAAAGUUAUAGGCCAGUCUUGUCCGAAUCUGAAGACCUUGAAGAAAAACUGCGUGGGUUACAGGCGUCCCCGAGAUGAGAGCGAUGAUGUUGCUCUAGCAAUCGCUGAAACGAUGCCCGGACUUUGCUACCUCCAGCUUUUCGGGGAUAGUUUAACAGAAGCUGGCUUAAACGCCAUCCUCAGCGCUUGUCCUAACCUGGAACAUCUUGAUCUGCGUCAGUGUUUCAACGUUAACUUCGUUGGCGAUCUGGAGAAGCGGUGUUUUGAGAGGAUCAAAGUUGUGAGACCCCCUAAUGACUCGGUUCGUGAUUACCCGUUCGAUGCAACGGUUAAUGAUGACGUGUGUUCAUCCGAUGAUGACUACUCUGAUGUUGAUAUAAUGUCGGAAGAUGAGUUUUAUUAUGACCUCUCAGAAGAUGCUAGUGACUCUUCUGACUUUGACCCCUACGAAGAUUAUGAUGAUCUGCUUUAUUAGUUUCGCAAACCUUUUCAAACUCC